AUGGCAACAACACUGACAGGUGGAAACCCGCACAUCAUACAACUGCCCAAGGCGACUGUCCACGCACCCUGCGACCCGCAGACCAUCGCCCGACGAUGGCUCACGAGUCUUGAAACCCAGCUCUCCUGCCCAGAGACACUGAACCUUAACGAUUUAUUCCAUGCUGAGUCCUGGUGGCGCGACAUGCUCGCCCUGGACUGGGACAUGCGUACCGUACAUACAGCCGCUGAGAUUCAAGACUUCCUGAGCAAGCAACAGCCCCAGGCUCGGCUGUCCAAAUUCCGACUCCAAGACACAGGCAAGUUCCAGCCACGCUUGGAACAAGUCGCUGAUGGACUGAGCUGGGUUUCGUCUAUGCUUUUCUUCGAAACUGCUGUUGGCACUGGAAGCGGCAUGCUGCGUCUUACUCAGACAGAGGAUGGAGCCUGGAAGGCCUAUGCCAUGUAUACUUCGUUGCAGGAGCUGAUCGUGGCCCAAGAAGCAUUGGGAAAGCGUCGUGCUGAGGGGACGACAGAAUCGAUGCCAGGUGGUCUGGCUGGGGGCACAUGGAUUGAGCGGAGGAAUAGACAGAGGGAAUUCCUAGAUGAGGAGCCCACUGCUUUGGUCGUUGGCGCUGGCCAGGCUGGAUUGAACAUGGGUGCACGCUUGCAGAGCCUCGGCAUGUCUUGUUUGAUUGUCGACAGGAAUAAGCGCGUCGGUGAUAACUGGCGUAAUCGAUAUCGGACACUGGUCACCCACGACCCAGCCGAGUACACGCACAUGGCCUAUCUACCCUUCCCACAGAAUUGGCCACAAUUCACACCCAAAGACAAACUAGGUGACUGGUUUGAAGCAUAUGCUAGCAUUAUGGAAUUGAAUGUCUGGUUGGAGACCUCAGUUGUCUCUGCAGAAUACGAUGAUGCUGUAGGACAGUGGACAGUCGUUGUCGUUCGUGGCGAUGGGCGUCGGCGCACCAUAAAACCUCGUCAUCUUGUUUGGUGUACAGGACACUCGGGCGAAGCACUUGUUCCAUCAUUCCCGGGACAAGAAUCAUUUGAGGGAAGAGUUUACCAUGGAACUGAGCACCGAGAUGCAUCAGAAAGCGAUGUUCGUGGCAAGAAGGUUAUCGUGGUAGGAACUGGUAACAGCGGUCAUGAUAUUGCACAAAACUAUUACGAAAACGGAGCAGAUGUCACUAUGCUCCAGCGCAGAGGCACAUAUGUGAUCACUGCCAACAAGGGUGUUUUUAUGAUGCACAGUGGAAUUCCUCCAACCGAAGAAUGUGAUGUCGCUGGCGAGAGUCUCCCGUGGCCUGUUCAACUGGCUUUGAACGUACACAUGACGAAGCGAAUCGCAGAAGCCGAAAAGGAUACCCUAGACGGACUCCGUCGAGCUGGCUUCGAACUUGACUUCGGCCCAGACGGGGCUGGUAUCUCACGGGCAUACUUCACCCGCGGCGGAGGCUAUUAUAUUGACGUUGGGUGCAGUCAACUUAUUAUUGAUGGCAAGAUCAAAGUCAACAACAACCCAGGCGGCAUCAAUGCCUUUGGGAGCCAUGAUCUGCUUUUGGCGAAUGGCGACUCCCUUCCAGCGGAUAUUGUUGUCCUAGCUACAGGAUACGACAAUAUGCGUACCUCGGUGAGGAAGGUCUUGGGCGAUAAAGUCGCAGAUCGGUGUUCCGAUGUUUGGGAUUUGGAUGCAGAGGGUGAGAUUCAAGCUAUGUGGCGCCCCAGUGGUCACCCGGGCUUCUGGUACUUCGGCGGAAAUCUCGCCUUGUGCCGAAUCUACUCUAAGUUUUUAGCACUUCAGAUCAAGGCUGUUGAGGCAGGUCUAUCCGAAGGAGUACGACAGUAG